AUGUCUCGACAGAAAAUCCAGGACAACGAGUUUGACGACUGGCUUCAACUCGACGAAGAAGACACGAACUGGGUGGCUCAACAGACUGCCCAAGGAGUACCUGUGGUCCUUCCAUGGAAGAAGCAAGCGUCAGAUAAGAGCUCCAUCCGGGCGAGCUUACGUUGCGGUGUGGUCGAGCUCGAACGCAACCCUCGGUUGUGUCAUGAAGCUCUGGCCAUGUUAAAGUAUGGAGGAGGUUACACAGCAUUCACAGAACAGUACGGUGAUUAUUUUGUCUGGGGCUACCGACUGGGAGGAGACACCGGUCUCAUGAUCAGCAGCUCGUCCUUCGAGAAGAAGAAGGUUGAGCAAUAUGGUAUCGAGCUCACAGUUGAAGUCCUGUUUGUUGAGAUGAGCCAUAGGUGGACAAAGGACUUUUACACAUAUUCGGCUGGCAAGAAGAUGCGGCUACUGGGCUACGAUACUCUGAGCGACACAAAUUGGAAUGUCGCGAUGGAGACUUCAAGGGACAUUGAGAAGCUCUCUGAGCAUGCCGAGGAGGUCAUUCUACGAUCGCAAGACUUGCUCGAAAGGAGUAUCAAGAUCUUGGAAGACCAGGGCAUGUUUCAUGGGGACCAUCUCACAAAUGCGCAGUGCGACUUUUUGACAAAUAGAGGCAUCGUAGUCGAGUUGAUCCUGCUGCCAAUGAGCGCCCUUAGGGACGUAGCUCGUUGGACCACUGAACGGAACGCAGUCGCCACAUGCGCCAAACAGCAGAACACAACUUUCGACACAUACUACUUGAAGACCGGGCAGGUCAAUUAUUACACCAGAGCAGAGGAACCUCCCAACUCGAAGAGCAAGUGUGUGCGCCUUGACGAUUUCUACGGAAGCUUGUCCUAUUUGUCCCAACAGGCACCCGCGUCUAUGACCGAUAAGGCAAAAAAGGCAGCCAUUCAACUGUGUCUCAACGAAUAUUACCACAAGAAGGAUCCAGCAUCAGCAUAUCUUUUGCUUGGUAUGAGCCGGUCGGCGAAGGCGAAGUCACCUAAGAACGCCGUCGCUUGGUUUGAUGAGACCCUGCCAAUUCUCAAUGGCCGGAUCGAAGUUCUGCAGAAGGCGCUGAGCGGUUGGAACCCAUGA